AUGCCUGCAGUUCCCAUCAUACAAGUUAUUCGAUUCCAUGAUAACACCAUACGUCAGAGCGUCCGAUAUCCCGAAUCCCGCAGGUUGAGUGAGCAUUGGGCAUCUCGUGUUCGACACACGAUUUGGCGCCGUUUACUCCGUACUGCCCACCAUCUUCACACCAAGCCUGCCACUCAACCUCCACUGGCCAAGACGAGCCUAUUGGUGACAGCACUUCAGAUCAAGAUUUCAGACGAAACCGAGUUAAACGGACGACCAUGUUCUUAUAUCAACCGCUAUCGCUCUACCCAGUUCACGGUACUUGAGCGCGCUCAUGGCGUUCGUCUCGGCGCCGUGCCAGCUUCGGCCGCUGCGCGUCUAGGCGAGAGUCAAGGUUCGUUAGAGAAAGCCGGCUCCACCUGCGGCUCUUCCAAGCUAGACACCAGAGAUUCAGACCGUCUCCGGCCCCGCAUGAAGCCAGACACGGGGAACGUCACACCCCGCACGAUGCAAUUUGUAGUUGUCGUGCUUCCGACAAGCUCCGCUAGUCUCCGUAACUCGGAAUUGGUUUGA